CGCGACCUUCAGUGGAAGCGUGGUGCUUGGCUUCUAUGGAAAAGGCGUCAGCAGCUCUCAAGACAAGGUGUUGGCAGCUUUUCCUGUUUCCCAGACAUCUUCAAGCCCGCGCUUUAUUAUCCACAACAAUGGCCGUUUGAACUGCUUUGACUAGCGUUUGUCUAAAGUGCAGCCGUCUUGUCGGUGACAAAUGUGCAGGACUGGAAGCUGCAUCAGAAAUCCAUGUCGCCUUGAGUCGCACGAGCUUCCGGCCGCAGACACCGACCGUGCCUUCGCUUCCGCCAAUCCACCAACAUUCAUCUUGGACCAGCCGGCGAUCUCACGAUUCCCCUUCCACCUCUCCUGCAAAUUUCGAAUUGGUUCAUCUCUCCCUUCGUCCCAGACCACGAUCCACACGAUCCACGAUCCACGCCUGCCCGUCCUCUACCAUCAUCUUUCCGGCUCUACCGAGAAGUCGUGCACACCAGCAGAAAGUCACAGCUGCGGAUUGGACGCAGCAAACGCCCAUCCAUCCAAUCCAGCUACAGCAUAACUGCAGAGCUCUGUCGACCACAAAAAUGAAGGCCCAACCGCUCAUCAUCAACUGGCAUGUUGAUGUCAACCCAUAUCCUAUAUACUCUGCACAUUUCCAGCCCAAUGGUGGUGGACGACUGGCUACUGGUGCUGGAGACAACAAGGUCCGACUCUGGAAGAUCGAAGAUGAUGGCGAAGACCGCAAGGUGGAUUAUCUAGCCACUCUUUCAACACAUACACAAGCCGUGAAUGUGGUACGGUGGGCUCCGAAAGGCGACAUCCUCGCAUCUGCUGGUGACGACGGUAAUGUGAUCCUAUGGGUCCCUUCUGACUCCCGAUCCGCUGGCUUUGGGGAGGAGGCGGACCCCGAAGCCAAAGAGUUUUGGCGGAGAAAACACAUGUGCAGGUCUUCUGGGACGGAGAUUUUCGAUUUGGCUUGGGCGCCGGAUGCAUCCUACUUCAUUAUCGGAAGUAUGGAUAACGUUGCCCGAAUCUACAACGCUGCAACAGGCACGCUGGUUCGACAAAUUGCCGAACAUAGUCACUAUGUCCAGGGUGUUGCAUGGGACCCGUUGAACGAGUAUAUCGCCACGCAAUCCUCGGAUCGUGCCGUGCAUAUUUACUCGCUGAAGACCAAGGACGGGCAGUAUACUCUAGGCUGCAACGAUAAAGAGCCAUCAAAAAUUGCAAGCCACGUCAAAGCUGAUCUUCCGGCGCGGCGGAUCUCUUCCCACAGUCCCGCCCCUCCUGAAUUGGGGUAUCGGUCAGUUCUUGACAAUGUGCCAGGAGUGGCGAUUGGCUCUCCUGUCCCAUCCGCUCCAGGGACCCCCACCUCAAUGGCUCUCCCGAUGAACCCCCCAAGUGUUGUUAGUCACAGCCGGAGGUCAUCGUUCUCUUCGAGACGCUCGGUCUCACCAGCGCCGUCGAUGCCGUUGCCGGCAGUGAUGCCGAUAGAGGCUUCGCCAAAGCCGCACAUGCAUGGCGCAAGCUUAGGGAUGAAGAACGCGAGUCUCUACGCAAACGAGACUCUGACUUCCUUCUUCAGGCGACUUACUUUUACUCCCGACGGAAGUCUUCUUCUCACCCCUGCUGGGCAAUAUCAGACCCAGCACCAAGUUGAGGGCCAGAAACCCACGUUCGAGGUGACAAAUACCGUGUACAUUUACACCAGAGGAGGCAUCAACAAACCUCCCAUUGCACAUCUACCAGGGCACAAAAAGCCAUCUGUCGCAGUCAGAUGUUCACCAAUCGUGUAUACGCUGAGGCAGUCACCUCCUGUUACCAAGCAUAUUACUAUCGACACAUCUUCUUCUGAAGAUGCCAUCCCGCCGUUGCCCGAGGCUGUCACAAAACCUUCCCCAGCACCCUCACAGAUGGAGCCCCCUCCGCCGCCGUCAUUGGUUGAAACAGUCACGUCCAACUCCAGGGUGCUGAGUUUGGAGACAGGCGUGCAAACACCAGGACCCAAGCCUGCCUUUGCAUUGCCGUAUCGAAUGAUAUAUGCGGUGGCUACCCAGGAUUCGGUGUUGUUGUACGAUACUCAACAACACACCCCGAUCUGUAUCGUGAGCAACCUUCAUUGCGCCACAUUUACUGAUUUGACUUGGUCAAGUGAUGGUUUGACGCUGCUGAUCUCGUCUUCGGAUGGAUUCUGCUCUACAUUGUCGUUCCUGCCGGGUGAGCUUGGUACUGUGUACACGGGCGAACUCGGGCCUCCAAAGCCCCAAGGCACUGCUGUCUCGAACCAAAAUACGCCUGUACCAACCCCCACUUCGGUGCUGGCACCUCCUUCCCCUUUUCCAAACGGCUCCCAGCAUCGCCAUCGCGACUCUGCCGGCUCGUUUACAGCCCCAUCUCCUCCACCAGCCGCAUCUUUUGUCAACCCAAGGCCGGGGUCACCAGCAAGGUCCAACUCGGCGUCUUCAGUGAUUACUCAGACGUCUGGUGCUCAGACUGGGGUGUUGAACAACCCGCCACUAAUAGCUGGUCAGGUUCCCAGCCUGACAGCGGUGAACUCUGGCAAGGUGACGGGAGUUCCCAUCACCACUCCCCCAGAAACACCCCGAAGCUCGUUUGUCCCGCCGCCGACAGGCACCAAGCGGGAUACCAAUGAAGCGGAGACAGAUGACUCGUUGGGCAACCAGAAUAAGCGAAGGCGUAUUGCGCCUACACUGGUGGACUCAUCGACAGAGUCAAACAACGGUGCUGGCAGCGAAGGAUCGAGGGCUUAG